UAUUUUUCAUUUUGUCCUUUUUUAUUUUUUAUACUGUAAAAACAAUGGAUACCGUUUUGAACUUUGUGGGUCUCGGUUCGAAUCAAGAUUAUGUCCCUCCACGAUUAUACAUUGGUAAUGCCGUACCAAAUCGAGUGUACAAUGUGGGUGAAUUCGCCAUCCGUAUGGAUGCCGAGGCCCGUGCGCUUAUUAUCAAGGAUAAACAAGACCGCAUCGUUUGGAAGUCUCUGCAUAAUAUUCCAUUCGUAUUCAGCUCUCUAGGCGACGACCAAGUCAGCACGGAGGAGGCUGGUCGAAUUAUCGAGCAUGACGAGAAUCGCACUCAUUUUCAAACCGUCAUGCAAAUCGAUUACGAUGCGAAAGAACAAUCGUUAAAACUGUCAGGCGGGCUUGGCGUCAAAUUAAUCUCAACGCAUUUGGAUUACACGUUCACCCUGACAGCUGUGCAACCUAAUCAAUUGCAAUUCACGGUCACCUUGGGGAAAGCGGAACCGCCCAUGACCGACUAUCGAAGAAUUCUACUCACAUUUGAAAGCCGCACGAAUGAACAUUUUUACGGAUUUGGUGAACAGUAUGGCUAUUCAAGUCUCAAAGGGCAUAAGGUUCCUAUUCAAACCCGACGACCAUCGUAUUCAAAAAACAGUGGUUUUAUGGCGCAUCUCAGUUCCUCAUUCAACAGCAUGAUGACCGGCGCAUAUGAGAAUCUGCCCACGAGCGUGGCUGUACCGCAAUUCAUUAGCACCGACAAUCGAUGCUUUUUCUUGGAAAACUCAGAGUACGGUCAUUUCGAUCUCAGAGAGUCCGAUCGUGUCACCGUGCGUCUGAACAGUACCCAAAUGACGGGGCGCAUGUUCAAUGGUGAUUCAAUGCUUGAUGUGCUUUCUGAAUACACGCAACAAUUGUCUGGCCGAAUGGUCUCUUUACCCUCUUGGGCUUUCAAGGGGGCUAUCAUCAGUUUGCAAGGUGGACAAGAGAAGAUCCAGCAGAUUGUAACACGAAUUCAAGAAUUCAAGGUUCCUGUGGCUGCUAUUUGUAUCACGGACUGCUUUGGGGAGAAUGAUUGGCAAAUUAACCGCGCAUUGUAUCCUAAUUGGGAUCUCUUCAUCGAUCAACUGAGCAAUCAGAACCAAUCAACGACGUUACGCGUGCUGGUAGAAGUCCAUGGCAUCAUCAAAGAGAACAAUCAGCAAAAUUCCAAUGUCUUUGUGGAAGCUCAUGAAAAGGGAUACCUGUUGAAGAACCGUCAGGGAUACAAUUGGAUCAUGGAAGAUCACGAAAAACGCAAAGGCAACCUUGUGGAUCUCACCAAUCCCGAAGCUCGUCAAUGGCUGAAACAUAUUAUCAAAGACCGGGUAUGGACAGCAGGAAUUUCAGGAAUUGUCACCAACGCGGAUGAUCAGUAUCUGAUUCCGGGAGCUGGACAUAUUUCGUUUGACUCUGGCGAAAGUAUUGACAGUUAUAAAAGUCGCUAUGCGGACGAUUGGGCUCAAUUACAUCGUGAAGUUGUACGAGAACUUGAUAUGGAAGAGGACACAGCGAUUGUACAUACGAGUGGAUAUAUGCGUGCACCGGGAUACACAAAUGCCAUGCUUGUCAACGAUCGUGACGUGACGUGGGAUGCACAACAUGGUUUGAAAUCUGCUAUCGCUGGUAUGCUGUGUGCGGGAUUUUCGGGUUACUCGGUGAUUCACAGCGACAUUGGCGGUACGACCGCGCAUACUGCGGCGUUGCCAGGAAACCAUCCACCCUCACGCUCUCGAGAAUUAUUGCAUCGGUGGAUGGAAUUGUCUGCCUUUACAGCGCUGUUCAAAACCGCAGAAGAAUCCUUCCCACAGCGUUCUUACUCAGUGACAGAUUCCAUGAUACAAUUGGCUCAUACUGCUCAAUUGUAUACGUCUUUGACACCUUACCGGAACCAUCUGUUCCAAGAAGCAAUGGAAAAGGGGUGGCCUGUAAUGCGCCACCUGAUCAUGUAUUAUCCAAAGGAUGCUGUUGUUCGUGAAUUAAGCUAUCAGCAAUUUUUACUGGGUAGCUGUCUCUUAGUAGCUCCUGUCACCACCCCGUCGGCUUCUUUCACCAAGGUCUAUUUCCCAAAGGAGGAGAAUCGCGAGACCACAUGGCGUCACAUUUGGACUGGCAAGUACUAUCCUGCUGACGGAAGUUACAUUGCCGUAGAUGCACCGAUCGGCAGACCCCCGGUGUUUGUGAAAGAGCCAAGAGAAGACGACGGUCUUUUGAAUGAUUUGCUGGACUAUGCUAUCCAGUUUGUACAACGCUCAUCUUAGAGAAAAAUAAAAUAAAACACCGGAAUUUAUCAUGACAUGAGGGUACAAGGUAGUCCCUUUCGUGA